UCAACAACAAAGAUAAAUAGCGCGCAACAAGGGUUGAGCACAAUACCUACAUUUACACACAUCAUUAACUCCAAAGUAAAAGAGAGAAAGAGAGAAUGGCCAUGGCAACGAAGUUAGUUUCUUCUUUCGCCAUCUUUUUCAUCCUUGUUCUUGUUAUUUCUGGAAUGCCGAAGACAGAAGCGCGAGAUGAUGACGACUGCGUGAAAGAAUACACCGAUUCGCCUCCAAUCUAUUGUAUGGCUAGGAUUUAUCCGUCAUUAUGUUACUAUAGAUGUAUUUCGGACAAGGGCGCGAAAGGUGGGAAAUGCGAUGCUGAUCUUAAAUGCUUCUGCAACUUCUGCAGCGACAAACCUUCCUACCAGUUUCUAAGCAAUGUUUGAAUCUUGCAUGUGUAAUGAAAGACUCAAAGGGAAUUAAGUGGUCCAAGAAAUAAUGUAACGAUAAAUAAUUAAAAUAAAAUAAGAAAACGCUAGACGUUUCGCGUUUGCUUGUGUUA